UACCAGCCUGCUGUUGCGCAGUUUGUCAAUUUGCCGGUUAAUAUUUCUUGCCCGAUCUGCAAAAAAUGGAUAUUUCAGUUCCAUCGCGAUUUUCCUGCCUUAAAAUCGAAGAUGAGGAUUUUAAACCUGUUUCAGGUAGAAAGAAAAGCGACAAGAAACCUGUAAAUUCGACCUCUGCUGCCAAAAAAACGACCCACAAAACGACUCAGAGCAAGAAGAAGAAUAAAACCAAAGAUACGAAACAGUGGGAGGAAUGGAAGCAAAAGGAUAACGAAAUUGUUAACGACCAUUAUGAGCAGGAUUUACAACAUGCAAUUUUGCAAUCAAAGUUGGCUUUUGAAAAAGAAAAAAAACAUCCUGCUGUUUUGCAAAUUUCUGACCAACCACAGAAAAAGAAGAAGAACAAGACAAUGUCAUUGGAUCAGUUUUUAGAGAAGCCGAAAGUGGAAAUCGAAUCUGAAGAGGGAAAUAAGGAGGAUCCAAACUUUUUUGACAACAUUAAGGAGUCAGUAAAAAGUGAAAUAACAAAAGAGAGUGUUAAGGCUAAACGGAAAGAGAGGGAAAUUAAUAUUGAUGAGGUUAUUUCCAUCGCCCAAAUGCAGGAAAAACUAGAGAAAGAGAAGGCUAAUAACGCAAUUCUAACCAAAGAAUUGAAUGAGGCAAAGAUUGAAAUUGCUUCAGUUAAAAAACGUAAUUCCACACUAUGUAGUAUGUUGUCGCAGGGUGAAAUGAAAGAUAAAGCUGCUGUCCUACUGGAACUCGAAAAACUUACUUUGGUAAAAGAGGAGUUGACUGAAGAAGUCAGUAGACUUUAUAAAUUGUUGGAGCAAGAAAGAUCCAAGUCCGGAAAUAAUCAGGAAAAUCACAAGAACAAAGAUAAGGUACAGAAAAAAAAGAAAAACUGAACUGAGGCAUUAUAUUUUAUUUUACAAUAUUAUUUUAUUAUUUAGAAGACUGUUUAUUUUAAAUGCAUUGCAUGCGUUAUUUAUUAGUUUUGAUUUUUGUUUUAAUUGAAAAAGAUAUGCUUGUAAUACUAAGUUUUUUAUAUUAUGAGUGAUUUUGCAUAUUCUUAUAAGUUUUGUACUAUUUUUUUUCACUAAUACCAAAUUGACAAUAAACUAUUUCAUUUCAGAACAAAAAGUGAUAUUAGAAUAAGUUAUAAUAUGCAACUUUGUAUUUUCAUAAAUUAUAACCCAUAUUUAUAAUUAUUUAUUACUAUACUGAUAAUAAACGUUUAUUUGU